UGCUAGCUGCCGCGCACUGUAAUUCCCAGCAAUUCAAACUAGGCAGCUAGGCGGUGAUCUAAUUUAACACGAGCUCUCACCUCAGGGACAGUUUAGCUUCAACAAGGCGCUCGCGCUAACCUGUGUUUCUCAGCUGACAAGGGGACGUGACAAAGUAAAAUAUGUCUAAAGACACGGAGGGGAAGAGCGAGAAAAUUAUGGACAUGGAGAGCAAGGUGCUGUGGUACCCGGACUCCAAGAGGAACACACAGAUGGACACAUUUAGGAUACAGGUCAACGGGGACUACGGACUUAAUCUGGCCAACUACAAUGACCUGUACCAGUGGUCGGUGGACAGCUACCCAGAUUUCUGGGCAGAAGUGUGGCGCUUCUGUGGAGUAGUCUGCUCCAAACCAUAUGAAGAGGUGGUCGAUGUAUCCAAACGGAUCUCGGAUGUUCCAGAGUGGUUUAGAGGCGCUCGGCUCAACUACGCUGAGAACUUGCUCAAACAUGCAGACCAGGACAAAGUAGCUCUCUACGCUGCAACGGAGGCAAACGAUGAGAUUGCGAAGGUGACGUUCGGGGAGCUGAGGCGCGAUGUGGCGUUGUUUGCCGCAGCCAUGAGGAAGAUGGGCAUCCAGACUGGAGACAGGGUCGUAGGCUACCUGCCCAAUGGCAUCCACGCAGUGGAGGGCAUGUUAGCAGCAGCCAGCAUUGGAGCCAUUUGGAGCUCCACGUCUGUCGACUUUGGUGUCAACGGAGUCCUUGAUAGAUUUUCUCAAAUCCAGCCCAAGCUGAUCUUCUCUGUUGCCGCUGUGGUUUACAACGGCAAAACACACGACCACAUGGAAAAGCUGAUCAGUGUAGUCAAAGGUCUCCCUGACCUGAAGAAAGUGGUGGUGAUUCCCUACGCUCGCUCCAAACACGAGACUGACCUCUCCAAGAUCCCCAACAGUGUAUUCAUAGAUGAUUUCUUGGCAUCUGGGCGUGGUGGUGAGGCCGAGCACUUUCCUCAGCUGGAGUUUGAGCAGCUUCCCUUCAGUCAUCCCUUGUUCAUCAUGUACUCCUCCGGCACCACAGGAUCUCCUAAAUGUAUGGUCCACUCUGCUGGGGGCACACUCAUCCAACACUUGAAGGAACACACUCUGCACGGCAAUAUGACCAGCAGUGAUGUCAUCAUUUACUACACCACGACCGGCUGGAUGAUGUGGAACUGGCUGAUGUCUGCUCUGGCAGUGGGUGCCUCGGUGGUUUUGUAUGACGGUUCACCACUAAUACCCACACCCAAUGUACUGUGGAACCUGACAGACCAGCUGGGCAUCACUAUCUUUGGUACCGGGGCCAAGUGGCUGUCUGUGCUGCAGGAGAGGAACCUGAAACCCGCGGAAACACACAACCUCCAGUCUCUCCACACCAUCCUGUCUACUGGAUCUCCUCUCAAACCUCAGAGCUACGACUACGUCUACCGCUGCAUCAAGAGCAACGUGCUGCUGGGCUCAAUCUCAGGCGGCACAGACAUAGUGUCAUGUUUCAUGGGUCAGAACCCAACAGUUCCAGUGUACCGGGGAGAGAUCCAAACACGAAACCUCGGUAUUGCUGUGGAAGCCUGGAACCUUGAGGGUAAGCCCGUAUGGGGAGAGAGCGGGGAACUUGUCUGCUUGAAACCAAUCCCCUGCCAGCCAACACACUUCUGGAAUGACGAGAACAAGAGCAAAUACCACAAAGCGUACUUUUCUACAUAUCCUGGGGUGUGGGCCCACGGAGACUACUGUAAAAUCAACCCAAAGACAGGAGGCAUCGUCAUGCUGGGCAGAAGUGACGGUACAUUGAACCCCAACGGAGUCCGAUUUGGCAGCUCAGAGAUCUACAACAUUGUGGAGGCGUUUGAGGAAGUGACAGACAGCCUUUGCGUUCCUCAGUACAAUGGGGAUGGAGAAGAGCGGGUCAUUUUGUUCUUAAAGAUGGCACCCGGUAAGCCCUUCUGCCCGGAGUUGGUAGCGAAGAUUAGAGGAGCCAUUAGAAAAGCUCUGUCUGCCCGACACGUCCCUGCUCUGCUGCUGGAGACCAGAGACAUUCCCUACACCAUCAGCGGUAAGAAGGUGGAGGUGGCUGUGAAACAGGUGAUUGCUGGCCGGGAGGUGGCGCAAAGAGGAGCUUUCUCCAACCCGGAUUCACUGGAGCUGUUCAAGAACAUCGCUGAGCUGCAAAACUAUUAGAGACGAGGCUUCGCUGAGCUGCAGAGAGGACCUGCGAAAGAGAACCACCUGACAAUAACCAGCUUAGUUUUUAAAUUAACUUUAUUCAAAUGUACAGGAGCAGGGAGAUAUGCAAAGUGCAUUGCAGGGAUUGUUUAGAAAGGUACUUUGAUCUUUGUACAGGGCAUAAAAAAGGCAAAAUGUGUAUGUCAAAUUAAUACACAAAUGGUACAAACAAGUAAAGAAUAAUAAGUCUAUGGUAUCAGGCAAAUGUGAGACUUCAAAAACACGAGCUGUACUGCUCCAUUGGCUAGCUUUCAAUCAAAUGUUCGAGCAUCUAGUCUGCCAUGUUGUGCAAGUGAAGGUUGGAUGCUGGACAGAAUAUGAUGUGCACAGCAGUACUCGUCAAUAAGCUCUCAAACCACCAGUAAUGGAGAAGUGUAAUUUGGCACCAAGCGCUUUGCUUUGGCUUGACAUCCUGAUUGCUAUGAGCCAGUGAAGAGCCGUGUCUCUCUGUGUCACCUGCUUUAACCCCAGGGUUGGUUCUGAGUGGGUCCCAGACUGGAAGUGUGCAGACAAACUCGCAGCACUCGGAAUUAACAUCUCAGCUUUGGCUCAUAUCGCCAUAUCAUCGUUACGUGGUGUGUGUGUAGUGCUUUGUCAAAUGUGUGUAUAUAUAUGAGUAUAUAUUUUUUUGGACUGAAAAUACAUUAACAUUGUAAUUAUGCAUUUGAAGUUAGUGACCCAAACCUUGUUAACCAAAGUGAGUCUCCGAUGUAAAGGGUUAUAACAUGUCAGGAGGUUUUAGAUGGAACUAAACUUACUGAACCUUCCCCAACAUAACACGUUAUUCAUUUCUUAGGUUUUACAUGUUUAAAUCCUAACAAUUAUUUGACCUUGCAACCUUUGACUCUUAUUUCAUUUCACCCAAGACAUGAAUGAUGAAGCGCUCUCGCUCAAACAAGUUAGUCAAGGUCAAGUGGGAUCUGAAAGUGAGUGAAGGUUUAUUUCACCACAAAAGCCUAAUAAAUGUAUUUAUUAGUUCAAUGUUUGUCAUAACUCUAAGAGAAAUGUGUUCUCUGCAAAUGGCUUCAGUGCAGCCUGUUUUUGCUUUGUACAUGGGGAAAGUUGAGUUAAAGUCUAUACCCCAAUAUUUGAUUAUUCCUUCGUUGGGCAGGUAUUCGAUUUUCAAUUUUGGGAAUCAGAUAUAUGUAUAUAUUUGUUUUUUUUAACCCCCUCGGGAUAACAAAACGUGCAUAAACCAUGCCAAACCUUUAGAAACAUGUUCAUUAUUAAAUAAAAAUACAAACGAA